GAGACGCCGCGGCGCCCGCUCCGCUCCGCCCGCGCUGCUCCUCGCUCUCCGCCGCCCGCGCCCUCACCAGAGCAGCCAUGGAGGAGGUGGUGAUUGCCGGCCUGUCCGGGAGACUGCCCGAGUCGGACAACAUGCAGGAGUUCUGGGCCAACCUGGUGGGCGGCGUGGACAUGGUCACGGACGACGACCGCCGCUGGAAGGCGGGGCUCUACGGCCUGCCCCGGCGCUCCGGCAAGCUGAAGGACUUGUCCAAGUUCGACGCCGCCUUCUUCGGCGUGCACCCGAAGCAGGCGCACACCAUGGACCCCCAGCUUCGGCUGCUGCUGGAGGUCACCUACGAGGCCAUCGUGGACGGAGGCCUCAAUCCCGCCUCCCUCCGGGGCACACACACCGGCGUGUGGGUGGGCGCAAGCGGCUCGGAGGCCUCGGAGGCCCUGAGCCGAGACCCCGAGACCCUCCUGGGUUACAGCAUGGUGGGCUGCCAGCGGGCCAUGAUGGCCAACCGGCUCUCGUUCUUCUUCGACUUCAAAGGGCCCAGCGUCACCCUGGACUCGGCCUGCUCCUCCAGCCUGCUCGCCCUGCACAAUGCCUACCAGGCCAUCCGCAGCGGGGAGUGCCCGGCGGCUGUGGUGGGCGGCAUCAACUUGCUGCUCAAACCCAACACGUCUGUGCAGUUCAUGAAGUUGGGCAUGCUGAGCCCCGAGGGCGCCUGCAAGUCCUUCGACGAUGCAGGGAACGGCUACUGCCGCUCCGAGGCCGUGGUGGCCGUCCUGCUGACCAGGAAGUCGCUGGCCCGUCGCGUGUAUGCCACCAUCCUCAACAGUGGCACGAAUACCGACGGCAGCAAGGAGCAAGGUGUGACAUUCCCCUCCGGGGAGGCCCAAGAGCAGCUUAUCCGCUCACUGUACGAACCAGCUGGCCUGGCCCCCGAGUCGCUGGAGUACAUUGAGGCCCAUGGCACGGGCACCAAGGUGGGUGACCCCCAGGAGCUGAAUGGCAUCGUACGAGCCCUGUGCGCUUCCCGCAAGGAGCCUUUGCUGAUCGGCUCCACCAAGUCCAACAUGGGGCACCCCGAGCCUGCCUCAGGACUCACGUCCCUAGCCAAGGUGCUGCUGUCCCUGGAGCACGGGGUCUGGGCCCCCAACCUGCACUUCCACAACCCCAACCCUGAGGUGCCGGCGCUGAGCGACGGCCGGCUGCAGGUGGUGGUCCAGCCGCUGCCCGUGCGUGGUGGCAACGUGGGCAUCAACUCUUUUGGCUUCGGUGGCUCCAACGUGCACGUCAUCCUGCAGCCCAACACCCGGGCCUCCGUGCCCCGUGGCCCGCACGCCGCGCUGCCCCGCUUGCUGCUCGCCAGUGGGCGCACCCCUGAGGCCGUCCAGAGCCUGCUUGAGCAGGGCCAGGGGCACAGCCAGGACCUGACCUUUGUGAGCAUGCUCAACAACAUCGCGCCCACCUCCCCUGCCGCCAUGCCCUUCCGGGGCUACUCCGUGCUGGGCGGCGAGGGCAGCAGCCAGGAUGUGCAGCAGGUGCCGGCUGGCAAGCGCCCACUCUGGUUCAUCUGCUCUGGCAUGGGCACGCAGUGGCAUGGCAUGGGGCGGAGCCUCAUGCGCCUAGACCGCUUCCGGGCCUCCAUCCUGCACUCAGACCAGACUCUGGCACCAUUUGGGGUGAAGGUCUCAGACCUGCUGCUGAACCCCGAGGAGGGCGUGUUUGAUGACAUUGUGUACGCCUUCGUGAGCCUCACGGCCAUCCAGAUCGCUCUCAUCGAUCUGCUGACCGCUGUGGGGCUGCAGCCAGACGGCAUCAUCGGGCACUCGCUGGGGGAGGUGGCCUGCGGCUACGCCGACGGCUGCCUGUCCCAGGAGGAGGCCGUGCUGGCCGCCUACUGGAGGGGCCAGUGCAUCAAGGACGCCCACCUCCCAUCGGGUGCCAUGGCUGCCGUGGGCCUCUCCUGGGAGGAAUGCAAGCAGCGCUGCCCGCCUGGCAUCGUGCCCGCCUGCCACAAUUCCGUGGACACAGUGACCAUCUCGGGGCCUCAGGCGCCCAUGGCCGAGUUUGUGCAGCAGCUAAAGCAGGAGGGCGUAUUUGCCAAGGAGGUGCGCACAGGUGGCCUGGCGUUCCACUCAUACUUCAUGGAUGCCAUCGCACCCACGCUGCUGGAGCAGCUUAAGAAGGUGAUCCGCCAGCCGCGGCCGCGCUCUGCCCGCUGGCUCAGCACCUCCAUCCCGGAGGCCGAGUGGCAGGGCAGCCUGGCCCGCACGUCCUCGGCUGAGUACAACGUCAACAACCUCGUGAGCCCCGUGCUCUUCCAGGAGGCACUGUGGCACGUCCCCGAGCAGGCUGUGGUGCUGGAAAUCGCCCCUCAUGCCUUGCUGCAGGCCGUCCUGAAGCGGGGCCUCAAGCCCAGCUGCACCAUCCUGCCACUGAUGAAGAAAGACCACAGGGACAACCUGGAGUUCCUGCUCACCAACCUGGGCAAGCUGCACCUCACCGGCACCGAUGUGGACCCCGAUGCACUGUUCCCACCCGUGGAGUUCCCGGCCCCACGGGGUACCCCGCUCAUCUCGCCCUACAUCAAGUGGGAACACAGCCAGAGCUGGGACGUGCCUGCCGCCGAGGACUUCCCCAAUGGCUCCAGCUCCUCUUCUGCCACUGUCUACACCAUCGACACCAGCCCCGAGUCCCCUGAGCACUACCUGGUGGACCACUGCAUCGACGGCCGUGUCAUCUUCCCUGCCACCGGCUAUCUGUGCCUGGCCUGGCGGACGCUGGCCCGCCGCCUGGGCCUGGCCAUGGAGCAGCUGCCCGUGGUGUUUGAGGAUGUGACCCUGCACCAGGCCACCAUCCUGCCCAAGUCCGGCACUGUCACCCUGGAGGUGCGGCUCCUGGAAGCCUCCCGUGCCUUCGAGGUGUCUGAUAAUGGCAACCUGAUCGUGAGCGGGAAGGUGUACCAGUGGGAGGAUCCGAACCCCAAGCUCUUUGAGCUCCUGGAAGGCCAGAGUCCUGCAGACCCCAUGGCUGCCUUCCGCCUGGCCCAGGCUGAUGUGUACAAGGAAUUGCGGCUGCGCGGCUAUGACUACGGCCCCCAUUUCCAGGGCGUCCUGGAGGCCAACCUCGAAGGCAAUUCCGGCCAGCUGCUGUGGAACGACAACUGGGUGACCUUCCUGGACGCCAUGCUGCAGGUGUCCAUCCUGGGCCACAGCCAGCGCAGCCUGCGCCUGCCCACCCGCAUCACUGCCCUGCACAUCGACCCUGCCACGCACCUGCGCAAGGUGCACUCGUGGGGUGAGGCCCAAGCGGCCGACGCAGUGGUGGACAGCUGCCUGGGCACCCUGGUGAGCGGGGGGGCUCACUUGGCGGGCCUGCACACCUCCGCGGCCCCCCGGCGCCAGCAGGAGCAGCUGGCGCCCAUCUUGGAGAAAUUCUGCUUCGUGCCACACAUGGAAGGCAGCUGCUUGGCUGAGAAUGCUGCCCUGCAGGAGGAGCUGCAGCUGUGCAAGGGGCUGGCACAGGUGCUGCAGACCCGGGUGGCCCAGCAGGGACUGAAAAUGGCUGUGCCUGGGCUGGACGGGGCCAGGGUACCAGUGCCCCAGGAGCCCCCACAGCAGGUUCUUCCUCGGCUGCUGGCGGCGGCCUGCCAGCUGCAGCUCAAUGGGAACCUGCAGCAGGCUCUCACCCACGCUCUGGCCCAGGAGAGGUCCCUGCUGCCCGAAGACCCACUGCUCAGCGGCCUCCUCGCCUGCCCGGCCCUCAAGGUCUGUGUGGACAUGGCCCUGGAGAACCUGGCGAGCCCCAGGAUGAAGGUGGUAGAGGUGCUGGCCGGCGAGGGUCACCUGUUCACCCGCAUUCCGGACCUGCUCAACAGCCAGCCCUUGCUGCAGCUGGACUACACGGCCACUGACCGCCACAGCCAGGCCCUGGAGGCCGCCCAGGCCCAGCUGCAGCAGUGGGGCAUCGGCCAGAGUCAGUGGGACCCCGAGGGCCCCGCCCCCAGCAGUCUGGGCGCAGCCGACCUGCUGGUGUGCAACUGCACAUUGGCCAACCUCGGGGACCCGGCCUCUGCGCUGGGCAACAUGGCAGCAGCCCUCAAGGAAGGUGGCUUUCUGCUGCUGCACGUUCUGCUCCGGGGACACACCCUCGGCGAGACCCUGGCCUUCCUCGCGGCCGCCGAGCCUCAACAGGGGCCAAGCCUGCUGACACAGGACGAGUGGGAGAAGCUGAUGGCCAAGGCCACCCUGCAGCUUGUGGCCGUCAAGACCUCGUGCUACGGCUCCGCUCUCUUCCUGUGCCGCCGGCCAGCCCCACACCACAGCCCCAUUUUCCUGCCGGUGGACGACGCCACCUUCCGCUGGGUGGACCCUCUGAAGGACAUCCUGGCCGAGGACUCGCCCCGGCCCGUGUGGCUGACAGCCAUGAGCUGCCCCACGUCGGGCGUUGUGGGCCUGGUGAACUGCCUCCGCAAAGAGCCCGGCGGGCACCGGAUUCGGUGCAUCCUGCUGUCCAGCCUCAGCAGUGAGUCUCGCGUCCCGGCCCUGGGCCCCGGGUCUCCGGAGCUGGAGGACGUGCUGCGGACGGACCUGGUGAUAAACGUGUACCGCGACGGGGCCUGGGGCACCUUCCGCCACCUGCCGCUGGAGCAGGACAAGCCCCUGGAGCCAACGGCGCACGCCUUCGUCAACGUGCUCACCCGUGGUGACCUCUCGUCCAUCCGCUGGGUGUGCUCACCACUCCGGCACGCCCAGCCCGCCAGCCCCGGCACGCAGCUCUGCACCGUCUACUACGCCUCGCUCAACUUCCGCGACAUCAUGCUGGCCACUGGCAAGCUGUCAGCCGACGCCAUCCCAGGCAAGUGGAGCACCAGGGAUUGCAUGCUGGGCAUGGAGUUCUCUGGCCGGGACGCCUGUGGCCGCCGCGUGAUGGGGCUGGUACCUGCGGAGGGCCUGGCCACCUCCGUCCUGCUCACGUCCGAUUUCCUCUGGGAUGUGCCCUCCGGCUGGACCCUGGAGGAGGCAGCCUCGGUGCCGGUCGUGUACACCACUGCCUACUACUCACUGCUGGUCCGGGGGCGCAUGAAGCGAGGGGACACGGUGCUCAUCCACUCGGGCUCCGGCGGCGUGGGCCAGGCCGCCAUCGCCAUCGCGCUCAGCAUGGGCUGCCGUGUCUUCACCACCGUGGGGUCGGCCGAGAAGCGGGCGUACCUCCAGGCCCGGUUCCCUCAGCUUGACGACACCAGCUUCGCCAACUCGCGCGACACGACCUUCGAGCAGCACGUGCUGCGGCACACGGCCGGCAAGGGUGUUGACCUCGUCCUCAACUCCUUGGCGGAGGAGAAGCUGCAGGCCAGCGUGCGCUGCCUGGCCCAGCACGGCCGCUUCCUGGAGAUUGGCAAGUUUGACCUCUCCAACAACCACCCGCUGGGCAUGGCCGUCUUCCUCAAGAACGUGACCUUCCACGGAGUCCUGCUGGACGCCCUCUUCCAAGACGCCAACGAGGACUGGCGGGAGGUGGCCGAGCUGCUGCGGGCAGGCAUCCGUGAUGGGGUGGUGCAACCCCUCAAACGCACUGUGUUCCCCAAGGACCAGGUGGAGGAGGCGUUCCGCUACAUGGCCCAGGGGAAGCACAUUGGCAAGGUCAUCGUCCAGGUGCGCGAGGAGGAACAGGAGGCAGGGCUGAAGGCAGUUACACCCACCCUGACCAUGGCCGUCUCCAAGACCUUCUGCCCGCCACACAAGACGUACGUGCUGGUCGGCGGCCUGGGCGGCUUCGGCCUGGAGCUGGCUGGGUGGCUCGUGCUGCGCGGGGCUCAGCGACUGGUGCUCACGUCCCGCUCGGGGAUCCGUACAGGCUACCAGGCCAAGCAGGUCCGCGAGUGGCGGCGCCAGGGUGUGCAGGUGCUGGUGUCCACCCAGGAUGCCAGCUCGCUUGAUAGCGCGCGGGCCCUGGUGGCCGAGGCCGCGCAGCUGGGGCCUGUCGGAGGUAUCUUCAACCUGGCCAUGGUCCUCAGGGACGGCAUGUUGGAGAACCAGAGCCCCGCCCUGUUCCUCGAUGUCAGCAAACCCAAGUACCACGGCACCAUGAACCUGGACAGGGUGAGCCGCGAGGCAUGCCCCGAGCUGGACUACUUCGUGGUCUUCUCCUCCGUGAGCUGCGGCCGUGGCAACUCGGGCCAGAGCAACUACGGCUUCGCCAACUCGUGCAUGGAGCGCAUCUGCGAGCAGCGCCGACAGGACGGCCUGCCAGGCCUGGCGGUGCAGUGGGGUGCUGUUGGCGACGUGGGCGUCAUCCUGGAGACCAUGGGCACCAAUGACACGGUCAUCGGGGGUACCCUGCCACAGCGCAUCGCCUCCUGCCUGGAGGUGCUGGAGCUCUUCCUGCACCAGCCCCACACCGUGCUCAGCAGCUUCGUGCUGGCUGAGAAGAAGGCGGCAGCCCGCAGCGACGGCGACGGCCAGCAGGACCUGGUCAAGGCCGUGGCGCACAUUCUGGGCAUCCGUGACCUGGCCGGCAUUAACAUGGACAGCUCGCUGGCCGACCUGGGCCUGGACUCGCUGAUGGGCGUGGAGGUGCGCCAGACCCUGGAGCGCCAGCACGACCUGGUGCUGUCGAUGCGUGAGGUGCGGCAGCUGACGCUGCGGCGGCUGCAGGAGCUCUCCUCGACGGCCAGCGCCGACACAGAGCUGUCGUCGGCCACAUCCAAGGAGGGCAGCCCGGCCCGAGAGCAGCAGCUGAACUGGAGCACCCUGCUCGUGAACCCCGAGGGCCCCACCCUAACGAGGCUCAAUUCUGUGCAGAGCUCAGAGCGGCCCUUGUUCCUGGUGCAUCCCAUCGAGGGCUCCACCACCGUGUUCCACAGCCUGGCCACCCGGCUCAGCGUGCCCACCUACGGCCUGCAGUGCACCCGGGCCGCCCCGCUGGACAGCAUCCAGAGCCUGGCUGCCUAUUACAUUGACUGCAUCCGGCAGGUGCAGCCCGAGGGCCCCUACCGCGUGGCCGGUUACUCCUACGGGGCCUGCGUGGCCUUCGAGAUGUGCUCACAGCUGCAGGCCCAGCAGGGCGCGGCCCCUGCCCACAACAGCCUCUUCCUGUUUGACGGCUCCCACUCGUACGUGCUGGCUUACACCCAGAGCUAUCGCGCCAAGAUGACCCCAGGCUCCGAGGCCGAGGCUGAGGCCGAGGCCAUCUGCUUCUUCGUACAGCAGUUCACAGACGCGGAGCAUGGCAGGUUGCUGAAGUCGCUGCUGCAGCUCAGCAACCUGGAGGAGCGCGUGGCAGCCGCCGUGGACCUGGUCACCAAGAGCCACCAGGGCCUGGACCGCCAGGAGCUGAGCUUCGCAGCCCACUCCUUCUACCACAAGCUGCGGGCGGUCGAGCAGUACACCCCCAAGGUCAAAUACCAUGGCAACGUGACACUGCUGCGUGCCAAGACGGGCAGCGCCUACGGCCAGGACCUGGGUGCCGACUACAACCUCUCACAGGUGUGCGACGGCAAGGUGUCGGUGCAUGUGAUCGAGGGCGACCACCGCACGCUGCUGGAGGGCAGUGGCCUCGAGUCCAUCAUCGGCAUCAUCCACAGCUCCCUGGCCGAGCCGCGAGUGAGCGUGCGGGAGGGCUAGGCCCGCAGCGGGACUGCUCUGGCCGCAGUGCCACGGGAGGGUCCUGCAGGUGGGGCCCGCUCGCGGCCGGCAGCAGGACAGUCGCCAAGGCCCACACGGACGUGGGAGCCCGGAGCCCCCGGCUCGGAGACCGCCUGCCCGGUCUGUGAAGAGCCAGGCCUGCCGGGGUCAAGCGGGCCCCCACCAGCCGCCUUGCGUGCACCCUUGUAUUUAUUGCAUCGCUGGGCAAACGCCCGCCCCGGGUACACCCCCUCUGUGAAGUGCUGCCCAGCCCAGCCUCUGCCAUCAUGGGGCAGUGGGGGCUGGGGGCCCCCUGGCCUCGCCCCCAGUGUCCGGCUGCACCCAUGAUGUGGGGUCGUCCCGACCCUGCGGACAGCACCGGGCCCGCCUGUGUGUGUCUGCUCGUUGCUGCCGGCAUCUCGCGGUUGUGGCCCGCCAGAGUGAAGAGCCACAUGCGGCGUGUCUCGUUUGGACCCCAAGGCGUACGAUGCUGCUCGGCACCCUCCCCCGGCCCCUGAAUAAACCGCACAGGAGCUC